GGUCGUGAAGGUAGGAGUUCUUUCUCUCCAGCUGCCGGCAGUCAGAGCAUGCCCCCCAGAACCAGAGGCUAUCCGGCCGGGCUGGGUUAGAGAAGACGCGGCCCCCCGGCACUUGGGCCCCGGGCGUCCCGGCCCGCUCCUCCGUCGCUGGAGAACCGCCGGGCUGAGCAACUGGGAGAAGCAGGCCAGAGCUUUCUAGGGCCUCGGGCCCGGGGACCGGUGGAGGAUGAGCUGGCUCUUUCCCCUGACCAAGAGCGCCGCCGCCUCUUCCGCAGCUGGGUCCCCCGGUGGCCUCACCAGCCUCCAGCAGCAGAAGCAGCGGCUGAUCGAGUCCCUCCGGAACUCACACUCCAGUAUAGCGGAAAUACAGAAAGAUGUGGAAUACAGGUUGCCAUUCACCAUAAACAACCUGACCAUUAACAUUAAUAUAUUGCUCCCUCCACAAUUUCCUCAGGAAAAACCAGUGAUCAGUGUUUAUCCACCAAUACGACAUCACUUAAUGGAUAAACAGGGAGUAUAUGUUACCUCUCCAUUAGUAAACAAUUUUACAAUGCACUCAGAUCUUGGAAAAAUUAUUCAGAGUCUGUUGGAUGAGUUUUGGAAGAAUCCUCCAGUUUUAGCUCCUACUUCAACAGCGUUCCCAUACCUAUACAGUAACCCAGGUGGAAUGCCUCCUUAUGCUUCUCAGGGUUUUCCGUUUCUUUCUCCAUAUACCCCACAAGAAGCUAACCGGACUAUCACUUCUUUAUCUGUUGCUGACGCUGUUUCUUCUUCAACAACAAGUUAUACAACAGCCAAACCUGCUGCUCCUUCAUUUGGCAUCCUUUCAAAUCUGCCGUUACCCGUUCCCACAACAGACAUUUCGGCACCGAUAAGCCAAAAUGGUUUUGGUUACAAGAUGCCAGAUGUCCCUGAUGUAUUUCCAGAACUCUCAGAGCUAAGUGUGUCACAACUUACAGACAUGAAUGAACAAGAGGAGAUAUUACUAGAACAAUUUCUGGCUUUGCCUCAACUGAAACAAAUUAUUACUGACAAGGAUGACUUAGUAAAAAGUAUUGAGGAGCUAGCAAGAAAAAAUCUCCUUUUGGAGCCCAGCUUGGAAGCCAAAAGGCAAACUGUUUUAGAUAAGUAUGAAUUACUUACACAAAUGAAAUCCACUUUCGAAAAGAAGAUGCAAAGGCAGCAUGAACUUAGUGAGAGCUGUAGUGCGAGUGCCCUGCAGGCAAGGUUGAAAGUAGCUGCGCACGAAGCUGAGGAAGAAUCUGAUGAUAUUGCUGAAGAUUUCUUGGAGGGAAAAACUGAAAUAGAUGAUUUUCUCAGUAGCUUCAUGGAAAAGAGAACAAUUUGCCACUGUAGAAGAGCCAAGGAAGAGAAACUUCAACAGGUGAUAGCAAUGCACAGCCAAUUUCAUGCUCCACUAUAGAUUUUCCAGGUAUUCCUGAAAACAUGAACUGCCAAGAGAGGAAUGGGACACAAAACUAAGCACAUUUAUAUUUAUGAUUUGCAAAUUGGCAUUUUGUCACAGUGGCUGAAUUCAUAGGUGUACUAUACAGAUUGUAUACAGAUCUGAGACUGAAUUUGUACAGAUUACAAUGAUUGCUAUGAUCUUGGCUUUGAGAAAUUUUUCUGCACUGUUUGCACUGUGUUUAUUUAUUGUUGAUAAAUCUUAUUAUAUUUAAGUUCCACUGCUGUUCCUCUCUUAUUAUUGAUUAAAUACCUAUGCAUGUAA